UUCUGAGCGGUUGGAAAGCGGAGGAGGAGGGACGGCUUUUCCCGACUCGAUCCCUUGCCUAUGGACGACGGCGGUCCCCUCUCUCCAAAGGCAAAUGCUUUCAGUAUUGCCUCUCUGAUUUCGGCUGCAGAGCAAGCAGGAAACGCAGCGUUUGACAAACACAGCGCCGGCCUGGAUAAGCCAGACCUGCACAACCACUGUUCCUUUAAAAUGCACUACAGCACUGUCACCCGGGAAAUGGAAGCCUUCACGACGAGCAGCCUGAGCAGCCUCAACACGGCGGGGGGCUACCACCUUUCUCCGUCCCCCGGGGACCCGUACAGUCAACAUGAGUCCCACUUUGAGCCCUGUCCGGCCGCCCAGCACAACUACAACUACCCGGGGUCCAACCCUGGCCAGGCCCCGCCGAGCGACAACGGGACUCCGAACUGCUCCUCUUCUUCCUCCAAUUCCACACCGAACAGCAAAAGCAUCGUAAAGAAGAAUCCCAAAGUGGCCAACAUUAACGUCCAGCUGGAGAUGAAAGCUUUAUGGGACGAAUUUAAUCAGCUGGGUACGGAGAUGAUCGUCACCAAGGCUGGCAGGAGAAUGUUUCCAACUUUCCAAGUGAAAAUAUUUGGGAUGGAUCCCAUGGCAGACUACAUGCUCCUGAUGGACUUCCUGCCUGUGGACGACAAACGUUACAGGUAUGCGUUCCACAGCUCAUCGUGGCUGGUGGCCGGUAAAGCUGAUCCCGCUACACCGGGAAGGGUCCACUACCACCCGGAUUCUCCGGCCAAAGGAGCGCAGUGGAUGAAGCAGAUCGUCUCUUUUGAUAAACUCAAACUCACCAACAACCUCCUGGAUGACAACGGCCACAUCAUUCUGAACUCCAUGCACCGCUACCAGCCCAGGUUCCAUGUGGUUUAUGUGGACCCCCGCAAGGACAGCGAGAAGUACGCGGAGGAGAAUUAUAAAACCUUUGUGUUUGAAGAAACUCGCUUCACUGCAGUCACAGCCUACCAGAACCACCGGAUCACGCAGCUGAAGAUAGCCAGCAAUCCAUUUGCAAAGGGCUUCAGGGACUGUGACCCAGAGGACUGGCCCAGGAAUCACAGGCCAGGCUCUCUGCCAAUAAUGAGUGCCUUUGCCAGAACAAGAAACCCAAUGUCAUCUCCCCCUCAGCAGAACGGCACAGAGAAAGAAGACAGUAGACGGGAAUACGAGCGAGAUCCCAGCGGCACGCCUAUACACGCUGACCCAGCUCACCAGCUGAUGUCCCGGGUCCUCAGCCCCGCCCUGCCCGUCCCAGGAGGCCUCCACGCUGUCCCGCUCACCAGUGGCCGACCCAGUCCUCCGCACGACCUUCGGUCGGACCCCCACAGUCUACCACCAGACACCCUGCACCACCACCCCUACAAGUACCCCACCACCUAUGAACACUACCUGGGAGCCAAAACCAGGCCUUCGCCCUACCCUUUACCCAGCAUCAGAGGACACACGUACCACCACCACAUGAACCCAGCCACAGCUAACAUGUACUCAGCCACCAGUGGCCCCUCUAACUAUGACUACGGGCCAAGAUAAUGACUGCUAAGCAGCGAACAGCAUUGUGGGAAUGGAAACAGACAGGAAAAGCAACACAGUCCUGUCUAUUGACGGCUUA